AUGCCAGGAAGCAAACGUAGGAAGAAGGCGAAUGUAGAAGAAGAGGAAGAGACUUUAGUUAAAAAAGGAGUUUUGGGCCAAAAUAAUUGUCAAUUAGAAGAGGAAAAUACUGAGGAAUCUGUAGAACGUCCAAGGAAUCUUGUUUCUUUAAAGGGGGAGAACGAGAAUUUACGCAAAGAAAAAGAAGAAAUACUGAAGAAUUUAGAAUAUCUCAAGAUAGAAACUGAAAAUCUUAAGGUUACAGCUAGUGAUCUUCGGUCUCAGAAUGAAGUAUUGCGUGAAGAAAAUAAGUCAUUAAAGAACUUAGAAAACCUGAAGAUAGAAAAUGAAAAGCUGAAGGGUAUAGCCAAUGAUCUUCAGUCCCAGAAUCAAGGCUUGUGUAGAGAAAAUGAGUCACUGAAGAAUUUACAAGAUUUAAAGAAGUUAGAAGGUCUACAGAGUGAGAAUGAAAAGUUUAAGGCUAUAGUAACUGACCUUCAGUCUCAGAACGAAAACUUGUGCAAAGAAAACGAGUCCCUGAAGGAAUUUGAAGAUUUAAACAAGUUAGAAGACCUGAAGAUAGAAAACGAAAAGCUAAAGACUGCUGUCAAUGAUUUUUAG